GUCAAAAAUAGGUGCCAUUUUCAUUAUUCAGUUUUUUUUGGUAUCGAAGCUAUGGCUGUAAAGAAACAAAGCACUCCUGAAGUAGAAAAACUUACUUCAGUUUAUUUAAAAGAAGAUGGACUCGUUGUAAAGCCUUCUAAAGCUUGUUCAAAAGGUGUUCAUGUUCCUGUUAAUAUCCAAAUGAAAAACACUAUCGCAAAAUUGAAGCAGGUGAAGCAGGUUAUUAAUGAAUAUAUCGAAGGAGAGUAUGAUUCUUUCAAAUUGGAUCUUGCUGAAAAUGACAAAAUCGAAACUGUUCGUAAAGGCAACGUUUUCGGUGAAGAAGUGACGGAGUCUGAAAUGAACAUUAUUCAACGCCGUGUCACUUUACAACAGCGUCAAUAUAAAGAAUAUGAAAGAAGAGAGCACAUACGUAAAUCCAAAAAAAUCAAGAGUGUGUUUGAUUAUUUAUCAGAAGAUGAGGUAGCUGCCAUGUUGUUGGACUGUAAACAUAAUGAGGAAGAGGUGAUCGGUCGUCUUUCUGAAGGGAAUUAUCUUCAGGGCAUUAGAAAGGAAAUCGCUCUUAAAUACACACCCGAAGUUGAUACAAACUCCAAUACAAUGACGGCAGAACAACAGCUUGCAUACCAACAAUUAUUGAAAAAGCGAUCUGAAACCUUAAAAAAGACAACAACAGAUUCGGCAAAGAAGCAAUAUCGUAUGGGUGGUCGUUUAGGAUUAGAUGAAGCCAUCAAACAAAUCCAAGAAAACAACAUUGAUCCUGAAAAGGCAUUUGAAGGAUGGUCACAAGCACGUAUUCGAGCUUACCAAAUGAUUGAUGUGAAUCCAAACAGUUAUUACUAUCGUUUUAAUGCGCCUGGUGAAGUGCAACGCAAGGGACAAUGGGCGGCUGAUGAACGUAAAAUAUUCUUUGAGCGUUUAGAAGAAACAGGUGCCAACGGACAAUGGGGUCUCUUUGCUAUGAAAGUCCCUGGUCGUGUUGGCUACCAAUGCUCCAAUUUUUACCGUCUCUUGGUUGAAACAAAUGAAAUUCAAGAUCCCAAUUACGUUUUAGAUGCCAAGGGAAAAGCACAUUAUUUGUUUGAUAAAAAGACAGCUGAUGGUAACACGGAGAAAGCAUUUCGUACUCACAGUAAACAUGGCACAGGACGUGCUUCGGGCAUUGCUUCAUCUUCAAGCAUAGCUCCGGUUCGCAAACCAAAAGCAGCUCCCGCUCCUCCAGCUCCUAAAAAGACAAAGAAGAAGAGAAGAAGAGGAUGGAACAGUGACGAUGAUGAUGAUGAGGAUGACUUUGAAGAUUAUAAUGAUACUUCAGGUACUUAUACCGAAAGUACGCGUCCCUCUCGUACCACUCGUAGAACCCGUUCGCGUAUGGAUAUUGAUGAAGGAAAUGAUGAAACAAAUGAAGGCGAAGAAGUGUCUGAAGAUGAGAAUCUGGACAAUCCUUUACCUGGUUUCCUGGAUCCUAUUACAUUAGAUGAAGUGAUUAAGCCUGCUAUUUCUACUUAUGGUCAUGUUAUGGGUUACGACAGUUGGGUGCGUUGUCUUACCAAUUGGGAAGGCAAGAAGAAUAUCUGCCCAUUAACAAAAAAUCCAUUGACUAAGCGUGAUUUAGUGAUUUUAACUCAUGAUAAUAUUGAGGAAUACAGAGACAAAAUUAUUCAAUAAAUGCGUACUAAAAUUUUAUUCCGGGCGUAUUUGUGCUUC